AUGACCAGCCAGAAUAAGAAGCUGUUGCAAGGAGCUGCCGACUAUCACGCGGCCGGCCUUGCAAACUCCUUCGCGCCCGAUCAAAUCGGCCGUUCAGCAGAUAACAGUCACCUUGAAUAUGACUGGAUCAUGGGAGCGCAGAAGGUCAACCUCAUCUACCUCGAGGGUCGCCGCCGUCGUGAGAGCGAGCUGAAAAGAAGAGAGGGUUAG